AUGUGCGAUAAGUCCGGGGGCGGCCGGUCGUGGCCAGGCCAGCAAGAGGGUCACGACGAUGGCGGUCUUGUUCUCCAGUGCGCGCGGGUCUACGAGAGUCUGUUGCACACGGCGGAGGAGUGGGUUUCAUCGCAGGGGAGCACUGUCGGAGGAAUGUCGUGCCAGGCAUCGGCGAAUCGCUUCGGCGGCGGCGGAAGGAGAGGUACCCGCGGCGAGGAGAGCGUCAGUCUGGCGGACCUUGUCUUCGGCUCAUACGAGCGCACCCUGUCUUACCAGUGUAACCUGAUCGCCCGGUCCGAGAAUCUCGCCCACGACGUCGCGUGGUUGUCUUGCUUAGGGGCCGCCGUUGACGCCACCUCAGCGGUGCUGUUCCACAAGCGGCGGCGAGAGGAAGCGGCAGCCAGCGGUGGUAGAACCAGCAAGAACGGAACGAUGGGGUCUUGGCAGCUCUUUAAUGUGCGGCCGUCCUUCGUAAACACCCAGGAGCUAGAUCGUGACUGCGUUGGAUUUCCAGGCAGUGGUGGUAGCCGUGCUAGUGGUGGUGCGGUCGGUGGUGGCGAACAGGAAUAUUCUAUUGCGCCCGGCGAAGUCAGCAUACCUGCUUCGUGCUUGGGGACCAUCCUGAAGAUGGUUGUGGAGGCAGACGUUGUCUCCUGGAUGCUGAAUCUCUACGCGCGGUGUGGGGGGGACAGAUCUUCCGGCGGUACCACCACUCAUCCCUCGCGGUCUUCCGAGGGGUCUUCGGACGUUGUGGAUGCACACGGUGCGACGACCUGCGCCCUGCUGAUGGAGGUGCUGCAGAGCUUGCUGCACGCGCAGGGCUGGGUCAACGGGGUGUGUGCCCACGGAGCCGGCCGCCCAUCUCACGAAAUGGAAUGCGGUGACAGGGGUUCGACGUUCGGAGAGACGGUGCGCUUGAUGCUGCAGUCGUGGACCACGAGGGGCGUCAGCAGCGGGGAGGAAGUGCAUAUGCCUCUGGAUCACUUCGUCAUGUCUCAGCUUGGCAAGAGAGCAGACAACGGCGAUUUGUGCAAGCUAGUGGUAUUACUCGUGAGCGUUAGCCCUUCCUUCUUAGGCGUGCUGCACCCUCAUGUGGGAUGCAGAAUCGACUCGGCGGUGACCCUACUCCGCUACAUCAAGACCGUGCCGGAGGCGGUAUUUUGCCUCAAUCUGUUCUCUCAUAUCAUACUGGUGGAGGGUGACAAGAUCGAUGGAGGCCGCGGUGGGGAGCUGUCCUCUAGGUUGGGCGAGGACCUGUCGGCAGCAGUCAAGGACUUGCUUGCUCGGUUUUCGGUCGAAGAGGUAGCCCUCUCCUUGAUCCCACUGUCCGCAUCGGCCAUAUCGUUUGCCCUUCUGGCAGGCUGCGAAGCGUUUGUCUCCGACUGGUUAGUCGCGGCACCGCUUGCCCGGGUCAAACGAGCCCUGACCGAGUUUGGUGCCUUUUGCGAACGACAAGGUGCUACCGAUGACGACAUUGCCGAUCUCGUCGCUGGUUGCAGUGAACGAGUGGCGUUGAAAGGCAUAUUGGGGGCUACCCUCCGUCGCUGGAGGGUAGAAGCUGGAAAGGAUUCGCCGCAUCACUCACAGUCCGACGCCGUCAUCUAUCGAUUGGCGUGUGUACUUCUGAUGUCGCCAGAUACCUUGUUGUCUCUAGCCUUCGAUUCAGACUCCCACCCCAACGGGCCCAUGGAUUUGGAGCAAGAGCUUGCUAGCGCUCUCGCUACGAUAAUUCCUGAAACCCUCGAGGGGUUGUCGGCGGCGUUGUCACCGGUGGUAUCGCGGCAUAGCGACAGAGGCAACACCAACUACCUGGCCUCCAAGCUCGAGUGCGCGUCUUGUGUGUCCCAGAUAGCGUCAGCCUUCCUACACGCGCGGUGCACGUAUGGCUAUUACACUACCAUCGAUCGGGACGUACGUGCGCGCACUGGGUUCGCGUCGUGCCAGGAGCCUCCAGAAAUACCGCUUGCUCGUGCCUGUGGAGGUUUGCUUCAAGGGUUGCUUCGCCAGAGGCGAGGCCAAGGUUCAUUUGGCGACGGCGGAGACAGCACGUUCAAAGCUCUGUUGUCGGUGCUGAAUCUGCUUGGUGCGUUGCUGGUUCUUGUCGGCAGGGACUCCUUCCUUCUGCGAAAAACCAACCAAGGGCUAGUUCUCGCUCUCCAAGAGUCCUGCGCUGCUCUUUCGGAAAUGUUGGCAUCCACUGCGGUGGCGACAGAGCGGUUGACGGGCUGGUUGGACCACGCUCCCGAUGUUCUCGCUGCCUUCCUUCAGGUGCUGGCCGUGCGCUGUGUCGAGGGCGCGGCUCAAACUGGGUUCUUCAAUGGUCAGGAGGUCCUGGCGUUGCAGCUCGCCCUGCAAGGCAUCGCAUGUCACGGCGGUCCAACUCUUGCGGCCGCCGCGCACGGGGCUAUCCAAGCCCUCUGGGAGUCAUACUCUGGAGUGCUACAGUCUGCCGACCUAGUGGGGCAAUCCUGGAACCCUUUCAUGGUGGAGUGCUCCCUGGAGAAUGCUCUGCGUUCGUUGUCCCGUGACCAGGAAAGUGGGGCUGGUCUUGGUCUUCUGCCUUCAGAGAAAGACCCCGAUGAGUUUCAGGUGGGUGCGCCUGUCCUUGUUUCGGCUAUUGGAAGGCUCCUGCGCUGGAGUGCAGGGAAGACCUGUCUCCGGCUCCGAACUUCCGGGGCCUUGGCAGGGUGCAACAUUGAGCUGCUCUCAGCGACGGCAGUGGCGGCCGUGUGCCGCUGCACUGCUCUCCUGGCCACAAAUCUUCGCAUCGCUUUGGGAGAUGGCACGGUUCAGCGGGACGACCGGCUGGGCAAACGUCCACGGCUAGGCUACCAGAGCAGCAGCAAUAGCAGCAGUGGAAGAAGCUUGAAGGAGAUGGCAGAAAACGGCGAAAAAGGAGGCGAUGGGGAAAGGCUCCAUCUGUUCGAUGCGUUGACGCGCUUGGUGGACGUGCUUACGUGCAUCGAGCCUAUUCUGUCACAAGCGGGAUUGGAUCUGAGAUCUCAGGCGAGAAAAGAGUUGUUAGAUGCGCUCGUCCCGCUUCACUCCGCUCUUGUAUAUUCUCGUGAGGGAGGGAGUAUACGACACGAAACAAAUUGGGAGCAGCUCGAGCAAGUGUCCAUGCCACUCUCGCGUGGGGCUUACCACGACGGUGGUAGAGGUCACGGCGAAUCGAACAGCUACGAAGGCGUGUUCUUUGUGAAGUACGACAACUGGUGGUCCAUCUCUGGUGUGUCUGGACCAUUGCAGUUGGCGGAGCUAGCGCGAGAAGUCGAAAAAUUCGUCGAACUACUAUCAAGAACGCCGGGAGCGGGGUUGAGAAUGGAGGGGGGCGAAAGCCACGCGGUGCAAGAUGAAGAUACAACGAUCGCGAAGUCCGCCAAUGUUGCAUGAAAUACUGGGUAGUGGCGCUUUGUGUUGCGCUUUCACGGAGCGUUGUUUUGCUUGAGGGCGUCAGAGAAUCUGGCCAUGGUCAUAAUAGGUCAUCGGUCGAGGUCGUGCCGACAAGAGAGCUGCUGCAGCUUUGGGGAUGGAGCGGGUCGCUCAAGGACUCGCUGUCAGCGUGGGGGUUGGUUAUUG